AGGAUGCAGGGCGAGCCUGUGCUGGCCGGGCGCUCCCUGCAGAUCAGUCAGCAGGAUGGUGCAAGCCCAGCGCUCCCUGGAUCCUUCCAGCACCCAGUAACUCACCGCCACCACCACCACAGCCCGGCGGCCUCCUCCCCAGGGACUGAGAUGUCUCCUGGGGCUCUGUGGGUGGCCCUGCUCGUGCUGUCCCUGCUGGCCUACCCUGUGCAAGGGAGGCCAUUGGAGAGCCGGUGGCAGACAUUGCCAGGGGAGCCUGGCAGUGGGCGGCAGGAAGGCACCGUGGACAUGACAGUGCUCCUGGAGAACAUGAAGGUGGACUUCCUGCGCAGCCUCAACCUGAGUGGCGUCCCCUCCCAGGACAAGACCAAGCUGGAGCCGCCACAGUACAUGAUUGACCUAUACUACAGGUACACCUCUGACAAGUCGUCCACCCCAGCCUCCAACAUCGUGCGCAGCUUCAGUGUGGAAGAUGCCAUCUCAACAGCUGCCACCAAAGACUUCCCCUUCCAGAAGCACAUCCUGCUCUUUAACAUCUCCAUCCCCAGGCAUGAGCAGAUCACCAGGGCUGAGCUCCGACUCUACGUUUCCUGUCAAAAUCACAUGGACGCCCUCCAUGGGUUGGAAGGAAACAUGGUCAUCUAUGAUGUCCUGGAUGGAGAAGACGCCUGGGAUGGUGCUGCAGAGACCAGGACCUUCCUGGUAUCCCAGGACAUCCGGGGAGAGGGCUGGGAGACCUUGGAAGUGUCUAGUGCCGUGAAGCGGUGGGUCAGGGCAGACUCCUCCAGGAGCAAAAACAAGCUGGAAGUGAUGGUAGAAAGCUGCCGGAAGGGCUGCGACACGCUGGACAUCAGUGUCCCCCCAGGUUCCAAAAAUCUGCCCUUCUUUGUCGUCUUCUCCAAUGACCGGAGCAACGGGACCAAGGAGACCAGACUGGAGCUCAGGGAGAUGAUCGGCCAUGAGCAGGAGACCGUGCUCCAAAAGACACCCAGGAGUAGCUACGGGGAGUCGGGCGAAGGCCACAGGGAGGAAGAGGAAGAGGGGGGAGCGGAGGGGGUCGUGGCAGGUCACUCCGCGGUGGGGUCAUUGUCAGCCAGACACAAGCGGAGCAUCGGGGCUGGCAGCCACUGUCAGAAGACCUCCCUGCGUGUGCAAUUCAAGGACAUCGGCUGGGACAGCUGGAUCAUUGCACCCAAGGAGUAUGACGCCUACGAGUGUAAAGGUGGCUGUUUCUUCCCCCUGAGCGAUGACUUGACACCAACGAAACACGCCAUCGUGCAGACCCUGGUGCACCUCAAGCACCCCAAGAAGGUGGGCAAGGCCUGCUGUGUCCCCACAAAACUGAGCCCCAUCUCCAUCCUCUACAAGGAUGACAUGGGGGUGCCCACCCUCAAAUACCACUAUGAGGGCAUGAGCGUGGCUGAGUGUGGGUGCAGGUAGCCCCUGCAUGGGGGCCAGGAGGGCAGGGCUUGCUGGGGAGAGGCCCUGUGUCCUGGGGAACAACAGGGCUACGUGACUCUGGGGACCAGCCUGGUAAAAGGAAGCGAGAGUGCCGUCUCUCUUGUGGCACCACUAAAGCACCCUUCCCUGGGCUCUACCCCUGGUGAAGGGACACGAGAACUAUGGACAGAGAAGGAGAACAGGACAAGCAUCAGGACCUUUGACUUACAGUCGCAGAAACCAAAAGCCAGCAGACCGGCGAGUACCCCUGUCCAGGUCUGUGCAGCACCAAAGGCUGGGGCUGCCUGUGUGUCCCGUGCAUGUCAGCCACUGCCUCUGCACUAGAAGAGCCACCAGUGCCGGAGGCCUGAGCACUGAGGCCAGGCCUAGGGCCAAGAGCCUUCUACUAUCACCACUGGGCCAAGGAAAAACUGUCCCCAAGCCCAGCUGCCGGCUGCAAAGAAUGACUUCAGGACAACAGUCUUCUGACACGGCCUGUGCCAAGGCCACUGUGACACUGGUGCCGUGCACAGGACAGGGCUUCACAGAGGAACACUAGGGUCCCUGGCCUUCACUUUGUGACAGUCUACAGGGGACAGCUAGUGAACCGAACCUCUGUGGUAACCUAACUCAGCCUGCCCGACUGACCAAUGUAAGGAAGUCAUGCAUCCCCUGUCCAAGGACAGAAGGCAGGGCAAAGGUUUGGAUUUGUUGGAUUUAAAUAUGCCCUUAAUUUGGUAUUUGAAAUGUCCUUAUUUUUACUCCUUAGAGACUUGCAGUCAAGGGGUAAGAUGUCCAGCUUUCUGGGCCCAGGUCCCCUGGCUUUGAAGGCCCCUGGUCUUGUCACCCUUGCCCACAUGUUUCUGGAGUCACACAGGUCCUGUCCCCACGAUAUCCACCUUCUCAGUGUCCUUCCUGCCCUCUGCCCUCCUGCCACACAGGGGCCUGCGUAGCAUGAAGGAGAGGCUGAGAGCCAUGGAGGGUUACCUGCCUCUUCCCUCCCUGUGGAAGCCCAGCACAGGAAGAAAAAAAUCACUGUGGUAAAUGUUUACAUGGAAUAAAUGGGCAACUUUAACACAAAAGUAAAGUAAACCAUGGAGUUCAAUUCUUAGAGUUGAAGACAGUGCCAAUGCCUGCUUCCUGCCAGGCAGUAUGCCAGAACAGGGCUGCUCUGGUGGUGGGCGA